CGCGCGAAGACCUGUCAUCCUCACAAAUCGCAGCUAAAAGAAGCCUAAAGUCAGAAGAUGAGUGCCGGGAAUUGCCAGCUGAUGCACUAUGGCAUACCUACCAGCAAGGAAAGCGAUACGUGGUCCUCGGUGUUCGUGAGCCAGGUGAGCUCUGAGCAGAAGUCCCUCCUGUUCGUGAAACGGCUGGUGUCCGUGGUCGUGUCGUCCGUGACUUACCUUCGGGGCCUCUUCCCGGAGGAGGCAUAUGAAGAAAAGGUGCUUGAUGGACUGACCGUGAAAAUUCUCUUAAAGGAUCCGAAGUCAUAUCCUCCAAAAGUUCUCGUUCGCUGCCUCACGGGGGCGUUUGAAGCCAUUGAGAAAAGAUACGUCGAUGAACUGCGCCUUGUUCUCUACGACGACGUGGACAGCCCCGAGUGCCUCCGUGAGGCGUACGCCAUGAAGUUCGCGUACGCCGAGGGCGGGGGUGCGUGCGGCGUGAAUUACCUGGUCGCCACAACACCUCAACGGACACUUAUCGACCUCAAAGGUUCGACACAGAAUUUGCUGAGAACGUUGCUCGUCCUGACGCAGUCGCUGGAGGAGCUUCCGGACCGGGUGUGCGCCGCCCUCCACCUCACCUAUCGGGAAGAAACGCCUCUGGACUACGAGCCCCCGUGGUUCUACGCACUUCCCGGCGAGGAGCUGAUCUUCCCCCAGGAUGCAGUCAGUGUAAAGGUGGGAGUGGUCAGCACAUUGCAUCACAAAGUAAGCGUGAGGGUUAAGGCGAGUAACCAGACCGUGAGAGUUUCUGGCCCGCAAUCCAAGGUCAGCAGCUCUGCCUUCGUCAACAGUCAGUCAUUAGUCCCGUGCUCAGAGGAGCCUCUUUCGCCAGCGGAACCUUCCUUCAAACGCCGACGACGUGAGCCAUUGGCUGACAUUCAGAGAAUUCUGCAAAGAGACAGCAGAGACAGAAAUCCAGGAGCAGGAAACGUCUGUGGUAGCAUUUUUGGACGCAGCACAGAGCAGGAGACUGAGUAUUCUUUGAAUAAUCAGGAGAAUCUUGGCGUAGACUUGGAUGCCACAGAUCUGAGGGAUUUUGAUCAUCAUAAGGAGCACUGUAGCAUCUGCAAUUCCCAUCGGCACAAGCUCUGUUUCAAGAGAAAGCAGCCACCAGGCGUCCACGGGGAGCAUGCAGGCAGUAACAUCAGACGUUUAGGAUGCAACCGCUCAGAGCUUCAUGCUUCAUCCCAGCUGACCGAGAUUGCCUUGAAGCCUUCAGUGAAAGAACAGCUGAAGACUCCCACCGACAGUCCAGUCAAGAUCGCCUGUUCGGGAGUCAUCGGCGUAGGGGCAUUCUCGCCACCUGCCGUUAAUUGCGCCGUCGGUUGUGCUCAAAGGAGCCAAGGCCUUUUCCUUCACGUGCGCGAGGACGUUCCGGCAGAUCAGCAGAACGGGGACCCCAGAAACGAGGACAGCCUGGGGCGGGACGGCGACGGCGGCCGCCAACCCGACAGAGACUCCGCGCCAACGAAAGAGUCCUCUCUACCGUCCGGACCUGAUGGAAACCGAGGCGGCGAACUUGAGGACACAGGGAAGGCAGAGGAAGGACGACGUGGAAAAGGGAGACCUCGACUUCCCCGCAGGAGAAUCGGGCUACAGAGAGAAUGCCGAUCGAGAGAGCUGACGGCGGACGAGGCCAAGGCGCAGCAGGGAGGAGGGAGGCGGAGGGACACGACGCGCUUAAAAAUGCGCAAGUCCGCUCAGGGAAACGGCGCCACCGCUGCUUCGCAGGCUGACGUAAUUAAUCGUCGGCACAAAGUAAGGGGAAGAAAAGGCUCACGGCUCAUCCACAGUUGAUGGAAUUAAGCGCCGUCUCAGAUUCCUGAAGGUGUGGCAUCUUCGGCUCGAGAAAAAUCACAGAGGAAUUUCGCUAUGAACGGUGGAUUUAGGGAUCCUGCAAGUUUUACAUUUAGGAAUAUUCUUUUUCAUUUAUUCCUGUUUUUUGUUGUUGAGAAGAUAAGGAAAAAUAAAUGAAUGGUAACAAUAAAG